AGGCCACAUUUGCAGCCCCGCCGCUGGGGCCAAGCAGAUCUGGGUGGGCCUGAAUAGCGGAGGCUCGAGGGGAGGGGCCUAGUCGGGCGGAAUGGGCGUGGCCGAGGGAGGCCCCGCCCUGUCCCGCUUAGACAAUGCCCGGGAGUCGCCAGACCUUCGCGCCCCCGCCCCAUCCUACUGCGCGAGCUCGCCCACCCCAGGACCCCCUCCAGAUCCAAGCCCCCGGUGUCCCUCGCUUGAAAACCAGGACCCUCCACCAACUCCUCUAGGGGUGGGGCUCAGGCCGGCAUCGCCGCGCGGAGGCGGUGGGGGUGCUGGAGACAGGGUGAAGUAAACGCGAGCUCAGAGAGUCCUCAGCUUUGCCGGAAGGGGCGUCUGUGUGGAUGGGAUGGGGACGCCAGGGGAGGGGCUGGGUCGCUGCUCCCAUGCCCUGAUCCGGGGUGUCCCCGGGAGCCUGGCGUCGGGGGAAGGGGCAGGGGCUGGUCUUCCGCCUCUGGAUCUCGCUAAAGCGCAAAGGGAGCACGGGGUGCUGGGGGGUAAACUGAGGCAGCGACUAGGGCUGCAGCUGCUGGAACUGCCCCCUGAAGAAUCGCUGCCGCUGGGGCCCCUGCUUGGCGACACGGCGGUGAUCCAAGGGGACACGGCCCUGAUCACGCGGCCCUGGAGCCCGGCCCGCAGGCCCGAGGUGGAUGGAGUUCGCAAAGCCCUGCAGGAUUUGGGGCUGCGAAUUGUAGAGAUGGGAGAUGAGAACGCGACGCUGGAUGGCACCGACGUUCUCUUCACCGGCCGGGAGUUUUUCGUAGGCCUUUCCAAGUGGACCAAUCAUCGAGGAGCUGAGAUCGUGGCGGACACGUUUCGGGACUUUGCUGUUUCCACUGUGCCAGUCUCCGGCGCCUCCCACUUGCGGGGCCUCUGCGGCAUGGGGGGACCCCGCACAGUGGUGGCUGGUAGCAGUGACGCUUCGCAAAAGGCUGUCAGGGCCAUGGCAGCGCUGACAGAUCACCCCUACGCCUCUCUGACCCUCCCAGAUGACGCAGCUGCUGACUGUCUCUUUCUGCGCCCUGGGUUGCCUGGUGCAUCCCCAUUCCUCUUACAUCGUGGAGGUGGGGACCUGCCCAAUAGCCAAGAGGCACUUCAGAAGCUCUCUGAUGUCACCCUGGUACCUGUGUCCUGCUCAGAACUGGAGAAGGCUGGUGCUGGGCUCAGCUCCCUCUGCCUGGUUCUUAGCACACGCCCUCACAGUUGAAGGGCCAGCCUUGGGGUUCUUUCUGGCCAGGAGUAUGGCCUCAUAGCAAAUAGAAGACGAAGAAGGGUUAGAAGGUAGUGGGUAGACAGUAGUGGGAGAGGUCCCCAGGAAGGGGUUGGGCAUAGUGUGGGACGGGAUAGGCUGAGUCCUCUGGGCUAUCAGAAUCAAUAAAACAGAAUUGACCUUUUA